AUACUCCUCCAUGUUUGUUGUCGUCGAGCGCUCAACGUGACGUCAUCAUCCUGCGCCCCGUGUGCUGCAUUGGAUAGUCGCAUCGUCCACUCUGCUCGACGACCAGAGGGGUGAUUUCUCUUCAAAUUCAGGAUGCCGCUGCCCGCCGCCCUGCUGGCCCGCCUGGCCAAGAGAGGGAUUGUUAAACCUUCAGACCAAGAGGUAGAUGAGGAGAUUAUUGCAGAAGAUUACGAUGACAACAAUGUAGAUUAUGAAGCCACCAGAGUGGAAAGUCUACCGCCGAACUGGUACAAAGUCUUUGAUCCUGCCUGCGGUCUUCCUUAUUACUGGAAUGUGGAGACAGAUCUGGUGGCCUGGCUUUCCCCGAAUGACCCAACAUCAGUGGUUACAAAAGCUGCCAAGAAAAUUAGAGCAGAGGGAGGUGAUGAAAGGAAUGACAGGCCGUUUGAGAAGAUAGAAAGAGAGCGAGAACGUGAACGAGAGCGGGAGCGAGAGAGGGAUCGGGAAAGAGAACGGGAAAGGGAGCGCGAUAGGGAUCGGGAACGAGACCGAGAGAGGGAUGAAGGGAGGGACAGAGACAGAAGGAGGCCGAGGAGAGAGGACGCUGCACCGUACGGUAAAAACAAAAGAGGUAGAAAAGAUGACGAGAUGGACCCCAUGGAUCCAAGUGCUUAUUCUGAUGCUCCAAGGGGCACAUGGUCAAGCGGCCUUCCCAAGCGUAAUGAAGCAAAGACGGGCGCAGACACCACCGCAGCCGGGCCUCUCUUCCAGCAGCGGCCGUACCCGAGUCCAGGCGCUGUGCUUCGGGCGAACGCAGCAAACCAAAUCCCCAAGGAGUGAGCGGGGUUCUCCGGAAACAACCGCAGAGAAAGUGUGCUGUACAGUUUUUGUCCUUUGCUUACUUCUUGAUUUGUCAGUUACAGAAUGACACCUCUUUUCAUUCUAUUUGUAUUUUACAGAACUUGUGUCUGAGUGUUUUAUAAAACCUGUGUGCUCAUCCUCUGCUCAGACAUGAAGAACAGGUGUAAAUAUGUUUUUAUAUGACAUUAAGAUUGACGUUUGUGUUGUUAGGAUGACCGUUAACAGACUUAAUUUGCUAAUAAAUUCAAAGAUUUCUGUAAAA